AUGAGCACCGAUCGGACCUGCAAUAGCUCCUUCUGGACUAGGGAGGAGGAUAAAAUCUUUGAGAAUAUCCUAGCGAUAUACUUUGACGAUAACAAUCUAUUCAUGAAGAUGGAAGAAGCACUUCCCGGAAAAUCAGUUGAUCAGAUCAAGGAUCACUACAGUAUACUCUUAGAAGAUAUUGAUGCCAUUGAUUCAGGACGCGCUCCAUUACCUAAUUAUCCAGAACUGCAAAGCAAUGCCAACCAAAAUACGAAAGCAGAUGUUAAAUGGCGAAGAGGGACUCCUUGGACAGAAGAGGAACACAGGUCAUUUCUCCAGGGCAUAGAUAUAUAUGGAAAAGGUGACUGGAAAAGUAUAUCUAGGCACUGCGUGAAAACAAGAACCUCAAUGCAAGUGGCUACCCAUGCCCAGAAGUAUUUCAAGCGUGUUGAAGCAAACAAGAAAGGGAACAGAAGAACAAGAGCAAAACCAAGUGUUCUUGAUAUCACUGGUGUGGAUGCUGAAUUCAGUGGUAAUUCCCAAGUUCCAUUCGCUGUGGACAUGAUUGGACCUGCUUGCGAGGGAUCACAAGCAGUGCCGGACACUAGCACUGAGAGCAUGUGUCAUCGAGAAAGCACCAAUGCUGAGCAGGUGACAGCAGUAGUCGGAGGAGAGCUCUCAGGUGAAAAUGCUUUUGUGAAUGUUGAUGCUAGCAGUGGAACUUCAGGUCAUUCUAUCCCAAGAAUUGGGAGUGAACUUGAAGCAUUACUUAGUCACCCCAUGGACGAAGACAAUGAUUUCAAUUUGAUUUUUGAUGUCGGGAUGGCACCAACUUCUGAUGCUGGGAUAGCACCAACUGCUCAAAUCGGAAUGUCCGGUUAUGCAGCUGCAGGGGAGGCUCCAGCUCAGUUACCUCCCUUUUCCCCCUCAUCUUACUUUGGUGAUGGAGUAUGGCGCAGUUUAGACACUCGCCGUUGA